AUGUGGCAAAUAUUCGGGACUGUAGGGGGGCAGGGAGGUUAUUAUGAGAGGCUGAUCGGCACUGUGAAACCUGCAUUAUGGAAAACUAUAGGACGCAAAAUAUUGAAAUUUGAAGAGUUCAGAACCCUUGUAUGCAAUGUUGCAGCUAUGGUGAAUUCCAGACCGCUGACAUAUAUCUGUGAUGAGAUAAUGUUGACUGUUAUUCGUCCUAUGGAUUUUCUACAGUGUGCUGGCCCAACUGGCAUUGCACCAGUAGGAGCCUUUGACGAUCCAGAUUAUGUCCCUCCGCAAGAGCGGAAGGAAUUAUUCAAUUUGUAUCAAACGAACAUGACCCUAACAGAAAACUACUGGCACAUAUUUGGAGACGAAUAUCUGUUAAGCCUCAGGAAACGUCAGACAAUGGUGCAUAAGGGACAAAGACUGUCUGAUCAAAGAGCGCCAAAAGUUGGCGAUGUAGUCCUUAUUAAAGAAAUUGACUUGAGGCAAGGUGAAUGGAACCUGGGACGCAUACAGAAGAUCAAGGCGCCACAAGGCUAUAUAAAGGCCGUGACAGUCAUUUUACCAAAUCAUCAGUGCAUUGAGCGACCGAUCUCUUGGCUUUUUCUAGUAGAGUGUGCUUUUGUGUAA